UCUCCCCCCUUAAAUUUAAGGGAUGAAACCAAGGGCGAUUGAAGGGGGAUACUGAUGGAAUAUAUUUUAUUUUUUACCCUUAAAAACUGUAGAUUCCCAAUGAAAUACAAAAGGCCCUAUGCUACUCCCAAGAGGUCCUCAAAUCGGAAGCCGUGGUCAAUUUCAUUGGAUAAUAAACGAGGAAGACCAUUCAAUAGUCAAUUCCAAAUGGCGGUAUACUCCGUUUAUUGUUUUAAUGAAGAGGAGCAGCGAGCAGGCCAAUGCAUAAUCCCUUUGCAGCAACCCAGGUGAACCAUUGACCAUUGAAAAGUUGCUGCAGGUCAUUGCAUCGAGGGAAAUCACUUUUACCGGAGGAAAAACGACGCUGAAAAAAGUCCUUCUUCAGAUUGGGUUCACCUACUGUAAGCGUGAUGGUACUAGGUACCUCAAAGAACAGCCAUACAUCGCUUACAGAAGGAUCCAGUUCCUCAAAAAAAUGAAGCAUCUAAUUGACGAAGGCAAGCCGAUUGUCUACCAAGAUGAGACUUGGACAUAUCGACGAGGAACGGGGAAGUCGAAAGAGUGGCAGGACAGUGAUGUCCGGAGCCACACAGUCAGGAAUGAUUCGACUGGUGACCGGUACCUGAUCUGUAAUGCUGGCGGGAGGAGUGGUUUCGUUCCGGAAUGCUCCCUAUUCUACCGUACAGCUGUCAAACCAAGACCAGAUGACGAUUAUCAUGGUGACAUGAAUGGAGAACUAUUCCAGAAAUGGUUCACGGAAAGACUUGUCCCCAACAUCCGGGAGCCAUCGAUAAUCGUCAUGGACAAUGCAUCGUAUCACUCCCAACGAGUAGGUAUAUUUUUACAGCGCGCAAGAUUUUGUAGGUAAUGAAAUAAAGGAAUGAAACAGGUGUUGGUCGAUGGAGAAUUUGAUUCUCCAUAACCCCGAAUCAACCCCGAAUAAGUUGAAGAGGGUGAGUCUGAUCUUCAAGUUGCUCUUAACUUUUCGAUUCAGAAUUCCAUCCUCAUCUUUGUUUCGA